UCUUAUCAUGGCAUAAAUUAGUACACCAAGAUCCUUGGGUUUGUUUGGUUGGCAAAACCACUGCUGCCAAAGCUUGAUUACCUGCGUCGAUGCAUGCAUGGCGGCAGACAGACACCAAACACCUGUGUCUUCCACCCUACUCGACUCUAAAGAUUCGAGCACCUCUGUCUUUUCUUCUCUGAUCACAAGAACAAGCUUUGAGUCCUUCCAAGUACACCAGUAAACGAGAUGAAUAAAAGCAAGAGGCCAUCUCAGAAGUGAAUGCAAUGGAGAUGUUGGAACCCUAUCUUUGACCUAUCAGUUAAGUAUAAUCCUUACUUAUAAAGCCUAACCUGUGAAUUGUUUUCUCCUCCCUUUCUGUUUGCAUGACAGAUAUUCUGGUCUGGAAAAAGUCAUGGUGCACUUGAGGUCUACAAGAAUUGCCAUUGUGCUUUUGCUGUCUCUGAUUGCUUUGGAGGACUAUGCUGCCCUUGCUCGAAGAGAUAUUGUAGCUUAUUGCAAGAGUCAUGAGGAACUUGGUGGCGAAACCACAACUAUUGUUGGUACCAGUAGAAAGAAAUGGCUCAGAGGAAGAAUGAUGGUGGUGGCGGAGGUGAAGGCAGCAAGAAGCACAGCAAACACAGGGAAUGCAAAGACCUCCUCGAGUGAAUCACUUGAAUCAUCAAUCACAGAGGAAACCAGCAUCAAUGUCACCCCCAACUGCAAAAAUGAAGCAAGUGAUUCACAGAGCAAACCCAAAGCAUUCGAGGCCUCAUCUGGCCAUGCAAGCUUGGGUUCCUCAGCAGGAUCAAAGCUUUCUGCUACCACUUGGCCACAUGAUUCAUUUCAGAGCACUCGGAAACAAAACCUCCGAGAGGCCACUACUGAAAUCUUCAAGAUGCUGAACAGGGACUACCAUAACAGGCCGCGCCGCCAUCCACCAGUACACAAUUAGAGCAUUUGGAUGUGAAAUGUUUGCUAGUUUUGCAUGGGAAAUCUUCAUAUCUGUCAUGCUUUUAGAUCAUAAUUUAAGCUGCUGUGUUAGUCUGUAAUGGCUUAGUUUACUGUUGCUUCAGUCUAUUAUAUGUUAAACCUUCACCGAAAUCUAAUUAUCCUAAAAUG